UUUUUUUAUCAUCAACCAUGUCUUCUGUUCCAGAAAAGAAUGCUUUUCUUGCUCAAGAAAAUGGUGUUGUUGUUGAUCAACAUGAUGAUGAAAUGAAAAGUGUAGUUAAGAGUGAUUCUGAUAAUUCUUUGUCUUCUUCCAUUGGUAAGUUAAGUAAUGGAGUAAUUGGAGGAGAUGAAGAAGCCGGCGAGGAAGCAGUAAGCAAGAAUGAACUUGAUGAAGGAGCCCUCAAUUCUUUGGCAGCUUUGGAAGCUGCCCUUCCUUUUAAGCGAGGAUUAUCAGGUUUCUAUACUGGAAAAUCAAAGUCAUUCGUGAAUUUGCUUGAGGUGAAAUCUUUGCAAGAGAUGGAGAAGAAGGAAAGCCCAAUGAACAAGAGGAGACGCUUAACGACAACUCGGAAUGCGAUGUAUAAACGGGCAAGCUGCUCAAGUUCAAUGCCAGUCUUGACACGCAUUGACGGUGAAAAUGCACAGAAUGUUGGGGUUGAACAAGAGUUCAAAUCAUCCACCUGCAACACAAGUUUUAGCUCCGUCAACUCUGCCACCAAGCCAUCCAUCAACUGACGGAUCAGUUUAAGUGCAUCUUUAUAUCUAUCCCAGCCAUGCGUUUAUUGUGUGAAAAAAAAAAUGUAUUUUCCAGUGUUCUUUUAGUUUUUCCCCUUUUGGGUUGUGAUGACGUUUUUUAGCUCUUAAGGUCAUUUUUAUCCGGAAAAGGGCCAAAAUAUACCCCCUAUUUUGUUU